CCGUGUAGCCCCACGAUGCUUUUACUGAUGUUAGCGUUAAACCUGAGCACAGCUGAAGCUCUACAGGUGAUUGGAGGAAACAUCACCGUGGGACAAGGACGGACUGCUGUCUUACCGUGCAAAGUCAUUGACACCACGGAGACGGUUACUCAGAUUUCAUGGCAGAGAAAAACCAGAACAAAAACUGAGAAUGAAAACUUCUUCACAGUCGUGUCCACAAAUGGAGCAAAGGUUAUCAAUGGAGAAGAUAAACGUUUUAAAUUUGUUGGGAGCGUUAAUGACUGCAAUGGAACACUCCAGUUUUCCAAUGUCACACUGAUGGAUGAAGGCAGCUACGCAUGUGUCUUCACUAUGUUCCCCAGUGGAAACCACAAGACAGAAGUGCCUCUAAACGUGCUUGUUCCUCCAGUCUCAAGCCUCCAGUACAAUAUUCCUGUUCUGGGCAAUGAGGAGGUUUCCCUGGCUCUGUGCACGGCUGCUGGUUCCAGGCCUCCCGCGGAGGUGAAGUGGUUGACUGGUACUCUGGAAGGAAAAGUGAGGGCAACAACCAACUCCACCAAGCAUGACAACGGUACGACUACCACAGUCAGCUCUCUGUUUGGAGUACCAACCACAGAAAUCAAUAACCACGUGGUCCAGUGUGUCGUCACCAACGCAGCCCUGUUGAAAGAAGAAACCCUUCCCUUCACCUUGCAGGUCCACUUCCCACCCAUGGAAGUUAACAUUCGUGAACGAGCCAAAGACUCAUUUGAAUGUGUGUCUGAUGCCAAUCCAGAUGCAGACUUUACCUGGAGCAGACCUGACAACUCGUGGCCUCAGUCUGCUGCCCGAGUAGGUGCAACGUUACAGUUUCGUAGCAUGACCCCUGAGCUAAAUGGCCUCUAUGAGUGCGAAGCAUUGAACACCUUUGGAAGAAAAUGUGGUCACCUCUAUGUGCAUGUGACUUCAGAGGUCUGCCGUGUUUGUUGGGCCUUAUUUGUUAUGUUGCUCAUCCUCAUUGCUUUUGCUGCUGGUGCAGGGUGGUACCUCUAUAAAACUGGGAAAUUCCAAAGGUUUUUUUCAAGGUCAGAAGAGGGCACAAGCAGAGAGAGAGAACCAGUACGAACAUCCUCCAGAUCACGUGAACGCACUGAUCAUGGAGAAGAAGAAGAAGAAGAAGACGAAGAAAGAGAAGAAGAGAGGCCAUUAUAGGCAGAGGUAGAGGAUUUAGUAGUUAAAGGUGUUUGGUUUAAUUCUUACUGGUUUGUCUUUUUUUUCAGCUUAGUUUUUUUCUAAUUUUUUUUU